CUGAGGUAGGGGUGAUGCUGGGAGAGUGGGGAGUGCGGACGGACCUGGAGGAGGAAGGGAACCGCUCUGCAGAAGGUGCUGCCCCGGAGCCGACCCGGCUGGCGGGUGGGCCGGGGCAGCAUGCGCUGGGCCCGCGCUGGGCUGGCGUUCGGCGCCCUCCCCUGCCCAGGGCCUUGUCUGAGAUAAAGAAUAGAGGCUUCUCCCGAAAGAGCCAAACGUUCCUGCCCAAGAUCUUCUUCCGCAAAAUGUCAUCCUCAGGGGCCAAGGACAAGCCAGAGCUGCAGUUUCCCUUCCUGCAGGACGAGGAGACGGUGGCCGCACUGCAGGAAUGCAAAACGCUCUUCAUCCUGCGCGGCCUGCCCGGGAGCGGCAAGUCCACGCUGGCCCGGGUCAUCGUGGACAGGUACCGGGAUGGCACCAAGAUGGUGUCCGCCGACACCUACAAGAUCAACCCCGGUGCCCGGGGGGCCUUCUCCGAGGAGUACAAGCAGCUGGAUGAGGACCUGGCUGCUUACUGCCGCCGGGACGUCCGGGUCCUCGUGCUGGAUGACACCAACCACGAGCGGGAGCGGCUGGAACAACUCUUUGAGCUGGCCGACCAGUACCAGUACCAGGUGGUGCUGGUGGAGCCCAAGACGGCGUGGCGGCUGGACUGUGCCCAGCUCAAGGAGAAGAACCAGUGGCAGCUGUCAGCCGACGAUCUGAAGAAGCUGAAGCCUGGUUUGGAGAAGGACUUCCUGCCGCUCUACUUCGGCUGGUUCCUGACCAGGAAGAGUUCCGAGGGCCUCCGCAAAGCCGGCCAGGCCUUCCUCGAGGAGCUGGGCAACCACAAGGCCUUCAAGAAGGAGCUGCGACACUUUGUCUCUGGGGAUGAGCCCAGGGAGAAGAUGGAACUGGUCACCUACUUUGGGAAGAGACCCCCGGGCGUGCUGCACUGCACAACCAAGUUCUGUGACUAUGGGAAGGCCGCUGGGGCAGACGAAUACGCCCAGCAGGAUGUGGUGAAGAAAUCCUACGGCAAGGCCUUCACGCUGACCAUCUCUGCCCUCUUUGUGACACCCAAGACGACGGGAGCCCGGGUAGAGCUGAGUGAGCAGGAGCUGGCCUUGUGGCCGAACGACGUGGACAAGCUGUCCCCCUCUGACAGCCUGGCACGGGGCAGCCGCGCGCACAUCACCCUGGGCUGCGCGGGUGAUGUGGAAGCCGUGCAGACGGGUAUCGACCUGCUAGAGAUUGUGAAGCAGGAGAAGGGGGGUAACCGCGGCGAGGAGGUGGGUGAGCUCAGCCGGGGCAAGCUCUACUCCUUGGGCAGUGGGCGCUGGAUGCUGAACCUGGCCAAGAAGAUGGAGGUCAGGGCCAUCUUCACGGGGUACUACGGGAAGGGCAAGGCCGUGCCCACACGGGGCGGCCGCAAGGGUGGCGCCUUUCAGUCCUGCACCAUCAUCUGAGUGUUCCCGGGCCAAAGGCCCCCGCUCUUUUCAAGGGAAUGGGGAGGAGAGGGAAGCAUCCCUCUGCUUGAUUUUUAGUUUAAGAAUUUUCUUUUUCUUUUUUUUUUUUUUUACUCAGUUAACCUUCUUGUAACUUUUUAAAAACGUGUAAAAUAACUGCUCUUUUUUCCUGCCCACCCCCUUCCCCUCUAACGCUCAAGCUCUCAACACAAGGGGGUGGGUAGGCGCCAUUCAGGAACCUGGACCAAAGCUGACGAGGCUGGGCCGAGUUGGGCCUGGAUCGGAGCCACGACCCCAAGCCCCGCUUACAGUUGCUGGGCCCCUAGGCCCACUGCCCCACACAGGGCCGGCUAGUGGGGAGGGACACCCCAGCGCUGCUCGUAUUCACGGGGUGGUCACCACGGCCACAGAAGACUAGAGGUGGAUUUGAGACGGGAUGAUCCCUGGGCUUUGAUCCCAUUUCUUAAUCAGUGUAGCCCCAGAAAGCCUGGGGCUAUUUACCGGGGUAGAAAAGGGGUUUUUACCUUCCACCUUUGGUCCUAAGUGCCUGUCCCCUCCUCCUCACACUGUAACUAGGUAACAGUUUGAUACUAGGGAAGAAAACAGAAUAAGCAGCAGCCGCAUCCCAGGCUGGCUACAGGUCUCACCCCAGGAAGCGGGUGGGCUGCCAUCCUUCCAGGGGCGUAGCUCUGUCGUGUGGAUGGGGAGAUCAGGGCCAGAGACAGCGCCUCGGUGGGAGAGCUCCAAUCUUGCUGUCUGCCCAGCCCAUCUUGCCUCCUUGGUGCCUCCGGAGGCCUCUGUGCCUCCGCUAAAGGGGGUCAGUGGGUACCAAGAGCCAAUGGAGUGGCCCCCAGCAGUUUCGUGCCAAGCCCCACCCAGUGCCUCUGGGAAGGGGCUUUUAACAUCGCUGCAGGUGCUGUGGUUCCUGGGGUGCCCUCUGCUGCCCUCUGCUCAGUAACAGGGCCUUGCUAAUCGGGUUGUCACUUGACAGAAGUGCCCGGGAUUUUAGUUACUAUCCUGGCUUUGCCCAACCUCAGCAACUUGUAAGACUGAUAAUGAAAUAAAUCGUGUUAAUCCUA